CCGGUUGUCAUCUAAUUAAUGGUUAUAUAAGUUGUCGUACUUUUUCCAGUACUUUGCAGUCCAUUAACAAAGUUGUACCACAACUUCAAACAACUGGUUUUCACACCAUUUGCCACAUUCUCUCAGACACUCUUGUUCUUCAGUAUACAUUUUAAAUAUCAAAUAAAUAUAAAAGUGUUUACUAUUGAAAAGUAAUAAGUGAAACUUAACAAAAAUGUCGGUAAAUCAAGAAAUAUUGAAACAAUUGGAAGAUAUGGCCAAUCAAUUGAGGAUCGAUUCGGUCAGAUCGACAAAUGCGGCCAAAUCUGGUCAUCCAACUUCUUGUGCAUCGAUGGCCGAUAUAAUGUCUGUUCUGUUUUUUCAUACAAUGAAAUAUUCGUUGAAAGAACCAAAAAGUCCAUCAAAUGAUAGAUUUAUAUUAAGUAAGGGUCACGCGGCACCCAUUUUGUAUGCCGCCUGGGCUGAGGCCGGACUGUUUCCCGUGGAUGAGAUACUUAAAUUGCGUAAACUUGAAUCUGAUCUCGAAGGUCACCCGACUCCCCGUUUGAAUUUUAUCGAUGUGGCCACCGGUUCAUUGGGACAGGGAUUAAGUGUUGCCGCUGGAAUGGCGUAUAUCGGGAAAUAUGUAGACAAAGCUCCGUAUAGAGUGUACUGUCUUAUUGGUGACGGAGAAUCAGCUGAAGGAUCUAUUUGGGAGGCGUUAUCUUUUGCAUCAAUUUACAAAUUGGAUAAUUUGGUGGCUAUUUUCGAUGUCAAUCGUCUCGGACAGAGUGAGGCCACUCCUUUUGGUCAUCAGAUGGAAAUCUAUGAGAAUAGAGUAAAAUCUUUUGGUUGUGAGACUAUUGUAGUGGACGGACAUAAUAUAAAUGAAUUGGUUAACGCUUUCGAUAAACUAUCAAAAACUAGUGGCAAACCCCAGGCUAUAGUUGCCCAAACAUAUAAAGGAAGCGGAUUUCCAAACAUUGAGAACAAAGACAAUUGGCACGGAAAACCUUUAGGAGAUAAAGCCGAUGAUGUGAUCGCUUCUCUGAAGCAAAAAAUAACAACAUCUAAGUAUACGAUCAAAGCCAACGCUCCCGUUGUUACCGUUCCCGCAACCAAUCUAUCAACUGUGCGAUUAAGUGAACCACCAAAUUAUAAAAAGGGAGAAAAGAUUGCCACCAGACAGACAUAUGGAUUAGCUUUAGUGAAGUUGGGUCGCAACUGUGAUCGCGUUAUUGCAAUGGACGGCGACACUAAAAACAGUACAUUUUCGGAAACUUACAAAAAGGAAUUUCCCAAUCGUUAUAUUGAGUGUUAUAUUGCUGAACAAAAUUUGGUAGGCGUUGGCAUCGGUGCCGGUUGUCGUAAUCGCACCAUUCCUUUUGUAUCCACUUUUGCUUCAUUCUUUACCCGUGCUUUUGAUCAGUUAAGGAUGGGUGCUAUAUCACAGGCCAACAUAAAAUGUGUCGGUUCCCAUUGCGGUGUCAGCAUUGGUGAAGAUGGACCCUCACAGAUGGCUUUGGAAGAUAUAGCAAUGUUUAGAACCAUUCCUCACUCAACCGUUUACUAUCCAUCCGAUGCCGUGUCAACAGAGCGAGCAGUGGAGUUGGCCGCACAAAACUUUGGCAUUGCAUUUAUUAGGACAUCUCGACCGACAUUCCCUGUUAUAUACGAUAAUAAUGAACAGUUUGCUAUCGGAAAGGCUAAAGUUGUCAAACAUUUUGGUGGCGGAGAACAAGUUUUAUUGAUUGGCGCUGGAGUUACACUUCAUGAAGCUAUCACUGCUGCCGAUGAAUUGGCUUCAAAACAUCAAAUCAAGGCCCGAGUGAUAGAUCCGUUUACUAUUAAACCAUUGGAUAAACAGACAAUAUUAACGAAUGCAAGAGAAUGUGGCUCUAAAGUGAUUACCGUUGAGGAUCACUAUCCUGAAGGAGGUUUGGGUGAAGCUGUUAGUUCAGCUCUCGUGUCGGAGAACAUCAAGAUUAAGAUAUUAGCCGUUAGAGACAUUCCUAGAAGUGGUCCGCCGCAGGACUUAAUUGACAAAUACGGAAUCGGAUCCAAAUCUAUUGUCGAGGCUGUCCUUAAUUUCAAAUAAAUCUUUAAAAAUGAUUUUUUAAUUUAAAUGUUAAUAAUAUCCAACAGAACAUUAAUAAUUUUAAUUUUAAAACAUUACGAUUAAAUAAACAAUAUAUCACUUUAAAUAUUAAGAAUUUUUGAACAAAAUUACCGCAAAAUAAUUUUAAUGUAAUAUGAAAUAUGAAAAUAAAGAUUUUAAAAAAUACU